AUGUGGAAGCAAGAAGAGGAGGAGACAGCGACCGUGUUGAAGGCCGAGCAGGCGGCGGUGUUUAAAUUCCCGCUGGCGCCUCUCGGCUGUUCCGGCGGGAAGCUGGAGGCCCCGGGCAGCGGGGAGCCGGGCACCAAGGCCAAGAAGGGGCGUAGGAGCCGCACGGUGUUCACCGAGCUGCAGUUGAUGGGCCUGGAGAAACGCUUCGAGAAGCAGAAGUACCUCUCCACACCCGACAGGAUAGAUCUCGCCGAGUCCCUGGGCCUGAGUCAGUUGCAGGUGAAGACUUGGUACCAGAAUCGGAGGAUGAAGUGGAAGAAAAUAGAGGCUGAUGACCUGCUCCUGGAGAGUGAAGACCUGGAGGUCAGUGAUGUAGCUGUGGAGCGCAGCCAGCCCGCACAACCCCAGUUCCAGAAACUUCUGGACACCAGCGUGCACUUCCUGUUUGUCAAGAAGACCUUGGGAGUCGUGUGA